AUAAAAAGAAAAAGAAAAAAAAGAAAGAGCUUGCUUUGCAUUUGGUGGGGCGACCCAAUUUAAUAGCGAUGGCACUAGAAGCAGCCGUUUAUCAACAAGACCUUUUUAGCCAUAUUAAUGGCAACAAAGAUUUCUACCCUUUAUUAUUAGAACCUUGGUUUGAUAAUAAUAACAAUAUUACCAAUAUUAAUUACAAUAAUAAUAAUGAUACUUUAUUUUCUUAUGAUCGUAACAAUAUUAAUGAUAGUUGUUACUUAGUUGAGAAUAAUAGUAAUAAUAAUGAUGCUAAUCAAGUAGAUUUUGAUUGGCAUUCUUAUUAUUAUUCUCAUCAUAAUGAUGAUGGUGUUAUUCCUCCUACUUGUAGUGUUGUUAGUGAUUUACCACCCUUGAAUAGCUAUGAUCAUGAGUGUUGGAGGUUGGCUAACUCCUCAUCCCCCGACAAAGAGCGCGAGCCAAAGGUGGUGGAGGGCUAUGAUGAUGGUGUUGCUAUGGAGAUGUUGAUGAGGCCGAAGCAACGACGUCGUGCUAGAGCUAAGAAGAACCAAGAGGAGAUUGAGAAUCAAAGGAUGACUCACAUUGCUGUUGAGAGGAAUAGAAGGAAGCAGAUGAAUGAGUACUUGAAUGUGCUUAGAUCUUUGAUGCCUGAGUCUUUUGUUCAAAGGGGAGACCAAGCUUCAAUAGUUGGAGCAGCAAUCAACUUUGUAAAGGAGCUUGAACAUAACGUACAAAAUUUGAGUGCAAAGAAGCAAAUGAAAGAGAAUCUCGAAUCAAACGGUAACUCAUCAUCAAGCUCUACAACAAUGCCCUUUGGAGAGUUCUUCACUUUUCCACAAUUUUCUAGCAAUAGCAAUCUUGAUAAUGAAGAUCAAACAAAGGCUAGCGGCGCAACAAGCCCUCAACAACUUGAUCAUGCUAGUGUUCGAGGUAGUACUAGUAGUGGUGGGCUAGCCGCGGAUGUAGAGGUUACAAUGGUUGAGAGCCACGCACAUCUUAAGAUAAGGUUAAGGCGCCCGCCUAAGCAGCUAUCUAAGCUUGUGUCUGGCUUGCAUAGUUUGAGGUUGUCCGUCCUACAUCUUAAUGUUAACACUGCUGAUGAUGGAGUUGUCCUUUACUCUUUUAGUCUCAAGGUAGAAGAUGAGAGCAAGCUAAACUCCGUGGAUGAAAUUGCAAGAGAAGUGUACCAAUUACUAGGUAGGAUUCAAGAAUGAAGAGACUAGCUAGCUAAAUUUUUUUUCCCUUUUUUUAAUUUUAUUUGUAACUGUUGAUUAAUUAGUCUUUAUUUUUGUGUUUCUUUAUAUAAACCAGUACUCUUAUUAGCUGGCUGUCCAAUUAUAUUUCUCCAACCAAUCUAAACAUUUUAAUCUUUUUUCUUGUGAUUAAUCAUGUACUAGCUAGCUACUCCGUAGUAUAAUGUUUGUACUUCCCAAUUGCAAUAUGUGGCUAAUUUUAUGGUCGCAUUUUGUCAUUUAUAAGCAAGAAAUUAAAGCAUGUCUCUCAUUAUUUUGCUAGAAGUUAUAGAUUUUGUAA